AUGGACAAAUACCUCUCGACAAAACGCCCCAGGGCCUUAUCGACUCCUCCAGCCAACGCAGCCGAUGAAUGCAACGACCAGGAUGAGGAUGAUUCCACCGACGUCAAACUGGCAACGCUGGCAUCUCUGUUCCCGGAUAUCUCCCAGGAAAUUCUUUUGGACCUAUUAAUCGCGAAUGAUGGCUCGAUAUCCCUGACUUCGUCCUCAGUAAGGGCCGAACUCUCCCGAAAGAAAAUCAAGCGGUCAAUGACUGCGAACCUCGGCGUCCAAAGCUCCCUGGCUUCGUAUGGAAUGAUGGUAUCAGAAAACCUUUCUUCCCCGAAAAAUCUGACCAAGAAAGGGCAGACGCUUCAUCUCUUCUCUCCGGAAGACAUAUCAAAACAUACCUCCUGCACCAUUAUCCACAACUUUCUCCCCCCCGAGGAAGCAAUCUCUCUCCUCAAAGAGCUUCUCCAAGAAUCCGAAACAUUUUCUCGCCAACGUUUUCAGCUAUUCGAUAACGUCGUCGAGAGCCCACACACUGCAGGGUUCUAUGUCGCCAGUCGCGAAGAACAAGAACAGCAAAAAUCUGCAUAUUCAUACAACGGCAACUACCGAACCGAUGUGAGACAGCUAACUCCACAACUGCGCAAUAUUUCUACCAAAGUGCAAAAGGCUGUGAACGAGGAAAUCCAAAAGCGUAUUCGAGACCACUAUCCCAACGGAAAGAAGCUGCAAUAUCAAUCUCCGCUGGAGUGGGUUCCCAAUGCCGCCUUUGUCAACUGCUACGAUGGCCCAUCUGAAAGUGUCGGUUAUCAUUCCGACGAACUGACCUACCUCGGGCCCCGCGCCGUCAUUGGUAGUCUCAGCUUGGGAGUGGCAAGGGAAUUCCGUGUCCGCAAAAUCGUUCCUCCAGACGACGGAGACGCCAGCCAUUCGACCUCUACAGGGAGCGCUUCAGACGCUCCGUCAUUGCCAGAAAACUCCUUUUCACGUGCAGAUAUCCAAGGCCAAAUCUCCAUCCAUCUGCCUCACAAUUCUCUCCUAAUAAUGCAUGCUGAAACGCAAGAAGAGUGGAAGCAUAGCAUUGCCCCGGCACAAAGUAUUUCCCCGCACCCUGUUUCUGGAAACAAAAGAAUAAACGUCACAUAUCGCUGGUAUCGUGAAUCAUUGCAUCCGAAAAACACACCUCGUUGCAGGUGCGACAUCCCUUGUGUACUUCCGCUGUGUGCAACGGAAAAAAGAAACCCGGGGUAG